GACUUUCCCUUCGACCCUACUGCCUUCCAAGCUCGCACAGUCAGUGGCGACGAGGAAGGUUUGUGGGCAGUUUUGGCUACCAACUUCCUGACAGGGCGAAUGGGCCACGACUUGCUUUCACAUGGGCAGGGCAAGCCUUUGGGACUCAUGGACCUUGGCGGAUCCAGCACGCAGAUCGGCAUCCCUGCUCCCGCCGCGGCGCAGAAGGGCAUCAAUUUCAGCAGCGGGGUGCUGGUCAAGAGCUACUUGGGCUUCGGGAUGACGCACAUCCAGAAGAAG